GAAGCGGCGGCGCCGCCGCGGCCGUGUCGCUGAGGGCGGACGGCGUCGGGCGCGCUGGGGCUGUGCGGCCGUCGCUGCCUGGCACGCGGGGCGCGCCUUGACCCUUCCUGCACUGCAGGCUUCCGACGCGCGCGAAGACCGCGGCUGCGCGGCCGGGAGCUCGCGCCGAGCGGACCUGGCUCUGCCUGAAGAGCGGCGGCUCGUGAGGAAGCGUCUCCCCGGGAGUGGGCCGAGGGCUGUACGGACCGGCGGCGGCCCCUCUGCACCGAGCUGCGGUUUCUAUUGAAAUAAGCAUUCUGACAAACUGCUGAAGAGAGAGCUCUGAUAGACUAGGUUGGUUUGACAUCCACAAAUGCAGAACUGAGGAGCUUUAUAGAUCAGAAUUUCAGUCCAACAAAAGGUAAAUAAGUACAUACAAGUGGAAUUGCUGGGUCAUACGUCUUCUAAAAAUACAGGACUGGCAGAAAGGCUCUGUGGGUAAAGGUGUUUGCCACCCAGCCCAGCCUAAUGAGUUUUGCUCUCUAGAACCCAUGUGGUGGAAGGAGAGAAACAACUGCAAGUUGUCUUCUGAUCUCCAUGCUUAUUGCACACCUGCAAUGUAUGUAUGUAGGUAACAUUUCACUUGUUGCCUUUCCAGUUUCAAGCACCAACUCACCAACAAAGAUUUUACCGAAAACCUUAGGGCCAAUAAAUGUGAAUGUUGGACCCCAAAUGAUUAUAAGCACACCACAGAGAAUUGCCAAUUCAGGAAGCGUUCUGAUUGGGAGUCCAUAUACCCCUGCACCCGCAAUGGUCACUCAGACUCACAUAGCUGAGGCUGCUGGCUGGGCUCCCAGCGAUAGAAAACGAGCUAGAGAAUUUAUAGACUCUGAUUUUUCAGAAAGUAAACGAAGCAAAAAAGGAGAUAAAAAUGGGAAAGGCUUGAGACAUUUUUCAAUGAAGGUGUGUGAAAAAGUUCAGCGGAAAGGCACAACGUCAUACAAUGAGGUAGCUGAUGAGCUGGUAUCUGAGUUUACCAACUCAAGUAACCAUCUGGCAGCUGAUUCGCAGGCUUAUGAUCAGAAGAACAUUAGAAGAAGAGUUUAUGAUGCUUUAAAUGUGCUAAUGGCGAUGAACAUAAUUUCAAAGGAAAAAAAAGAAAUCAAGUGGAUUGGCCUGCCUACCAAUUCUGCUCAGGAAUGCCAGAACUUGGAAAUAGAGAAGCAGAGGCGGAUAGAACGGAUAAAACAGAAGCGGGCCCAGCUACAAGAACUUCUCCUUCAGCAAAUUGCUUUUAAAAACCUGGUACAGAGAAAUCGACAAAAUGAACAACAAAACCAUGGCCCUCCAGCUGUGAAUUCCACCAUUCAGCUGCCAUUUAUAAUCAUUAAUACAAGCAGGAAAACAGUCAUAGACUGCAGCAUCUCCAGUGACAAAUUUGAAUACCUUUUUAAUUUUGAUAACACCUUUGAGAUCCAUGAUGACAUAGAGGUACUGAAGCGGAUGGGAAUGUCCUUUGGUCUGGAGUCAGGCAAAUGCUCUCUGGAGGAUCUGAAAAUCGCAAAAUCCCUGGUUCCAAAAGCUUUGGAAGGCUAUAUUACAGAUAUCUCCACAGGACCUUCUUGGUUAAAUCAGGGACUACUUUUGAACUCUACCCAAUCAGUUUCAAAUUUAGACCCAACCACCGGUGCCACUGUACCCCAAUCAAGUGUAAACCAAGGGUUGUGCUUGGAUGCUGAAGUGGCCUUAGCAACUGGGCAGCUCCCUGCCCCAAACAGUCACCAGUCCAGCAGUGCAGCCUCUCACUUCUCCGAGUCCCGCGGCGAGACCCCCUGUUCAUUCAACGACGAAGAUGAGGAAGAUGAAGAGGAGGAUCCCUCCUCCCCAGAAUAAAGACAGGAGAGAGCUCGUGUUUUAAUAUUUGAUGCUCAUGUGUGUCUUUAGUGUGAGCUCUUGUGUUUUGAAAUGAUUGCUUCAGUCUUUGCCUUUGUUUGCAUUUGUGUUUAGUGAAAACUAGAGAAACACAAUAAGCAAAUCACAUGAAGGCUGAGAUGACUUGAAAGUUCCCAGAGCGUGGAUGAAACCGAGCAGCAGAGCAGCAGGACAUGGCCAACAAAGCGCGCUUUCUGAGGACUUGGAGAGUGGCAGUGAAGAAGGUCAUUGUUUUCAGGGAGGUAGGGUUUAAAGACCCCCAGUGGGAGCAUUUAGAAGGCAGGUGGCUGCAAGGAGUCUGCAGUGGUGACAGCUGGCUUUGGUAGGCAAAAGUGAACUUGAAAGUCACAGUGGGAGUCAGAGGGGUGUAGAUUGCAAUCCUUGUCGCCUGAGGAGCUGGUGAACUGCUGAGCUAGUCCAGGUCUAGCUGGGCACCUCAUGCGACUGCUGCCUUAGCUUCUAGGAUGGAGCAAGCGCUAACUUUUAAGUACCUAGGUGACAUGUAGAAAAUUUACAAUAAACUGAAAUGACCAUUUGUCAAUGCAUUGGUGCAUAGGAGUUACUAGGGCUACUUCUGGAAGCCAAAAUAGAAUAGCAUCUCCAUGUGCAUUAAAAACUUCGCCAGCACUGCCUUUUGCCAGCAUUCUAAAUUUGGAGUUUUACUGAGAAGGAAACUGUUUUUAUAGUUUUAAUCAGAGCUAUGCAUUUCAUACAGCUUUUUAAUUUACAAUGAAACAAAGAAACAAAUUCCUUUGACCAAAUUGCUUGUCUAUAGUUGUCUGCAGUACUGUAUGAUUUUACCCAUGUGCAAUUUGUAAACAUGAACCAGAUGUCAUUACUUUUGUCUUUAUUUCAAGAAUAUGGCCAUCACUGUUCUCUUAUACAUGUUAUCUUUUCCAUAUUUUAAUUAUCAAAAUAACCUUAUCAGACUUAUUCCUAGGUAAAUUGCAUUUCAAACUAA